UCCUCUUGAGAUCUUCACUUUCCACUUUUCUCUCCAUGUAUCUACACAAUCUGUAUGUACGUAUAAAUUUGCCAGAUAUGAAAUGUUUGUUUCUGCUGAAUAUUAUGUAUUCGCUUCCAUACGAAAUGUCUGUUUCCACUGAAUAUUAUAUAUCCGCUUCUUCAUAUUCCUCGAACUCUGUCCUUCAUGUGUAAACGAUUUCUUAUUGCAUUUCCUAAAAUUCAUGUACUUUCUUAUCAAUGCCCCCGAAUUCAACCAGAUCGUAUGCUAGUCUCCAGCUAAGGAGUUGGUCUCUUGUCUAUGCUUUAAUUGGCCGUUCAAGUGCAGCACCUUAUAUUGAAUUCAGUGAACAGCCUUAUCUUUCCAAGCUGGAUUUCUUAUGGCCUCAAGUGUCCUGUAUCUCUGGUUUUCCACCCAGAGGCACCAGAACUAUUUUUGAAAGUUAUAGAGAUUCAACUGAUGAGAUCCAACAGUUUGCCAUAAGAUUUUCAACAUCCAAGGAAACUAAUUCAGUUGUGAACAUUCUCAAGGUAUUUAAUAUGAACUCCUUUUAUGUUAAGGUUUUAUGCUAUUCUCAUGUUUCAAGAAAUGUCGAAAAAUGCAAGAGAUGCACAACCCAUAAGGUACGACUUGGGGUGUCAGAUUUCAACAGACUCUGAGUUAUUAUCUUCAAAGAGACUGCCGACAGCUGAAUGAAAAUUCUCUAAUAUUCUAAUGCAUCACCGUCCUUUUAUAGUGACAGAGAGAUUUGAUGUAUUUUACGUUCCCAGCUUUUCUGACAAAUUGAGCAGACUAGAGAUACCGUGAAAUGCCUUUAGAGAUACCGUGUAGACUAGACCCCUGAAAUGCCUUUAGAGAUACCGUGUAGACUAGAGAGAUACUCAAGUUCUCAGGAAAACAAUGCACAUCUUGACCCACUUAGAUACGAUCUUUGCAGCCUUGCCUCCUAGAUUUACUUUUAUGCUAUCAAACUCCUCAGAUGUCAAACAAUGUAAAUGCUAUUACAAUGUAAACUCCUUCGUAUACAAAUUUGGUUUAGCACUUUUGGUCAUCAUCAUUUCCUGUAGUCUCAUCUCCAACUUGCCCGGAAGACUAGAGUUAAGUUUACAUUUUGUUUGUUUAACUGUGAAUAUUAGCCUGAUUUGCUUGUUGGUAAUUUGGAAAAUGGAUAAACGGAACGGAAUUAUAAAUACUGUGGGCCUGAUUUGCUGAUAAGUCUCCUUAUGUGAU